AUGUCCUCCAACAGAGGGCGUGGCAAACGGCACCAUCACCCAGUGAACAGCCUUUGCCGGAAGCUCCAGACCAUCAAGAUGAUGGACCAAGCCUCGAAUCCUGCACUGCAGAUCCCCAAGUUCCAGUCCAAGAACUUUGACAGCCCUCAAGGGAACAUGAAGAAAAACCUGGAGGAGAUCUGGAAGAGAAGGACCCUGAAAACCAGUGACAACAGCACCGUGCCCAGCAGUGACGGCCAUUCAUUAAGCCCUCUCAGCGACAACGUCUUUUCCCCAUGCUCACCGGUGGCAACACCGAGUCACAGGCGCAUCUCCGAUAUCCGCUCGGAAACUUUUUCAGUGGGCAGAAAUAAGGAAAAGGCCUGUAGACCCUGGCUAGACCAAGCGGAGAGCUGUUCUCCAUGCCUUCUUGACUGGGGAGAGUUGGGCAGUAAUCCUCCUUACGGCUCCACUGGACGGAGGCUGCUGACAGAGGCCAAAGACGAUGAAAGCGAUGAAGUUAGCCUGAUCUGUGAGGAAGACCUGUUGACCACGAUGUUCUCGGCCUGUGAUGUAGAGAGAAGAGGCAAAGUGGCAGUUUCCAAAUUAGUUGAUUUCCUGCGGUUUACAACGAGCCGGAGUUCAGAAGACAGCCAGCUAGAAGAGUUGUGCAACAUGCUCGAUCCUGAGCAAAGAGACAUCUCCAUGGACCUGGAAACCUACCAUGCCAUCAUGAAAGAAUGGAUUGAAGACUGCAGAAGAAACUGGCAUGAGCCGUCGACUUGGGACACAACCAGGGAAGGAACUCAAGCAGCUAAAAGGACCCCUGGGAGGAUGAAUGUGACAUCUGGAAGCCUAGAGGCACUUGGUGGAGAUGUGUCUAGAGGAGACCUGGAAACCUCGGACUUGAUUGCUUGCAUAGCAGAUCUUCAGUUCAACAAUCAAAAGCUGCAAGAGGAAAAUGGCCAGUUGAAGUUGGCUUUGGAUACCAUGGAGGAAGCCAAUAACAGAUUGACAGAAGAGGGCGGAGAACUCCGCAAUCAGAUAAAAAGUUUCCAGCAGUCUGUGGCUCAAGUGAAAACAUUGCAAAGGGAAUUGGAAGAAUCGAAGAACAACCUCGGUGCCGCUGAAGAAAAAGGACUGAAGAUGGCAAGCCAGACGAAGCAGCUAGAAAAAGAGAAUCAGUCCCUCAUCUUUAAGAUUUCUUCUCUGCAAGAAGAGAACAUCAGGACUGCUCUGGAUGCAGAUGGCUUCCAGAAGAAGAUUGCAGAGCUGUCCAGAAAUAUGGCCGAACUCCAAAUGCAAGUGCACCUCUACGAGAAUAUGGUGGGGAAUAAAGACACGUCCCUCCUCCAGAAAGACAUGGAUGUCCAGGAACUCAAGUCUACCCUUAAGGAAUACACUUCAGUAAUAGAGACUCUGCGUGCAGAGAAGAAUAAGCUGGUGAAAAACGUUCAGCGGAUGCAGCAGGAACUGAUUUCGAAUGGCAUCAACUUUCCUUUAAUGCACAAACUCAACAGCAGCAACCUUGAAGCAACCAAUUCAUUGCAUUGUGAGCUGGAACUUGCAGAAGAACAAUUGGAGGUUGGAAAUGACAUUCACAAGUUCCCAAGCACCGAAUGGUCUUUACUGGAUGAAUCAAUGGACAGGGAGGUCUUGCUGCUGCUUCAAGAGCCAGAGAGAGUGGGAGAAAGGUUUAAGGCGGCCAUCCAAAAUUUGCAAGAACUUUUUCACCUGGAUGAAUUAUCUGGUCUGUCUCUGCUGCAGGGAUCAGACGCUGAGGCAAAUGGGCAAGAAGCCUAUGAGAAGAGGUUGGGGGCUCUCCGUCAGGACCUGGAGGCUAGAAGAACUCUGUGGCUUCAAAAGCUGGAGCUCUUGGAAGCUCAGAAGGAAUCCUUGGACAAGGGGCUUGUGAAAAUGGUUGUGCAACUGAGGAAAAUGAGAACGGAGCAGCUGCACUUGAAGAAAGCGCUUUCUUCAAGGCAGUGCGAACUGGCAUCAGUCACGAAGCUGAAAGAAGAUGCUGAGGGAGAGGCUGACAUCUUGAGAUCAGCUCUUCAAGAAGCAAGAAACCAGCUGGAGGAAGCCCUCAAGAGGGUUGAGGACCAGGAAGGCCACUUUCAGGCAUCUUGUGAGGAAGCGCACUCUCUGCAAAAGGAGCUAAGAGACAGCAUUGCUGCGCAAGAAAGACUCCAGGGUAUAAACCUCCGUCUGACCCAAACUUGCCAGCUGCUGGAGUGGAAGGUUAAGGAGCAAAGCACUGAUCUUGGUUCAUUGAGGGAAAAGAGCUUUAUUGGACCGUUGGGUCGAACUCUCUAUCAGAGCUGCGCGGAUGCUGAUGGACGGCCUUUGUCUAGCUUAAAUGUGAAUGAAGAGACAAGAACGGAAGACAAGGAAAGCAGCUGCAAUCAAAGAUUUGAAGUGCCACAGCACUGGCCUUUUCGUUCAUCCUGGUCUCCCGUCUUAAGAUGCUGCUUCUCACAAUAUUCUUCACAGCUAGAUGCACUGGCGCUUGACUCUCUCCUGUUGGGUCGGAGAAGUUCUGCACUCAGGACCCUUAAAAAUACUGGACAAUCAUCUGCUUUUGAGGAGCCACAUCUGAGAAAUGGAUCCAUCUUGGAUGUGAUGUUGGAAGAAGACAGGUGCAAGAGCUGCUCUGCUGGCAACCAGACUGAUGCAGGCUUCCCUUCAGGCACAAGGAUGGAUGCAGACUUUGCCAAGGGUGAUGUUCAGCCAUUGACGGAUGUUCUGCCCAGCAGUGAUUCGAUUCCAUCCCAGGAAGUUUCUUCCCUUGCUCCGGAAUGCACUAAAGGAUCGUAUGCAGAUAAGGAUCCAACACUACUGCACGCCAUGGAGGACCACGCUCGUCAGGCUGCUUCACUGCCAGCUGAAGAAACCGCAGCCACAGCGCGCCAGGCUGAAAUGGAGACGUCACGCAGCACGGCUGCAGGUGAUUGUUCAACGGAGGGUCUGCCCAGUGUUGCUGUCUGCCGAAACAGGCAGAAGGGCAGUGUGUCUCCCAGUGAGAAAGAGGUGGAGGCAGAAUUUCUGCGGCUGUCUCUGGGGUUCAAAUGUGACCUCUUUACUUUGGAGAAGAGAGUCAGGCUGGAAGAGAGGUCCCGGGAUCUGGCUGAAGGAAACCUGAGGAAGGAGAUCGCCAGCUCCUUGAAACUACUUGAUUCUCUGGCCUCUCUCAGUGACGACAACCAGGUCCAAGAGAUAGCCAAGAAGCUGCAGAAGAGCUUGGAGCUCCUGAACCAGCACGCCACCAGGAUCGCCAGCAAGGCAGAAAUGUUGGGCGCGAUCCAUCAGGAGAGCCGGGUCAGUAAGGCAGUAGAGGUGAUGAUUCAGCACGUGGAAAACCUGAAACGUACGUACGCGAGGGAGCACGCAGAGCUGGAGGAGCUGAAAGAGGUCCUGCUGCAAAACAGAAGGUCCUUCAGCUCUGUCGGCGACCGAGAUGAAGCUGCAAUUAAAAAGCUCUCUGGUUCUCUAAAGGGGCAACUUAACGAAACUGAUGGCGGCCAGAGAAACGACAAAUUCAGCAGACGCCCGAGUUGGGCCCUCCUGGGGGCAAAACAAGGUGAAAAGCCGCCUUUGCUACAGCGAUACGUGAGCUAUUCUUCCUGGACAGAGUCGGAGGAAGACCAGGCUGAAGCAGAAAACAGCUCUUUUGACCUGCCACCUCCAGACCAAGGAAGCAAGACACAGAAGCUGAGUGAAAAGGAAAGUAGUCCAUCAAAAUGGCGGCUGCUCUCCCUGUGCACCAGAGCUUUUUCUUGGACCUCGCAUGCUAGGACUUCCUUCUGCCAGGCUAGCAAAGCUCUCUACGUUUCUGUCGUCGCAGUUGUGCUGCUUGCUGUCCUUCUGGCAUUCCUCCUAGGUGUGCCAUUCCAAAGGUCUGCAGAAGCUGCUCCUCUUGGAACUGGCGAUGCUUGGACCUCGGUACAACAGCUGUUGUGGCCUUAUACUGGUCUCCAUCACCAAGGACCACCACCUGUGUGAUUCACUGGUGGCGCUCAAGACAGUUUCUCUGCACCCGUAUCUGUGGAACCAGCUUACUGCAGGUUCUGGAAAGGGACGGACGGUUACGCUUUUUAUUUGCAGCAUGAUUCAAGAUCCUGUAUGUCGCAGCAUGCAACUCUGGGACACCUCCUCAUAGCAUUUUUUCAGCCUUUGCCAUUCGUAGCUAGUUCUGGAAAAUGCAGCUCAAAAUGAAACAGAGUUCUUCCUGGUACUGCAAAACUCUGCCAAAUGACUAGUUUUUUUAAAAUGUCUUUCUGCUUCCUAUUUCAUGGAAGUUCUUGGAACGUCUACUUUAAGGAAUCUUUGGGAAAGAACAUAGCUGAUCCAUACGUGGCCUGUGAGUGAAGUAUUUAUUUUGUUUCCUUAAAAAAAAAAUCCAGACAGUGAAUCUCUUGCAGAUUUCAACCUCUUUAUUUUAUGGACGGGAGUGUCUUUGACUCAAUAAAGUUCAAAAGUGGCA